AUGAAGAGCGAGGGUCGCCAGCACGGGAUGUUCCGGCCUUACCGGGUCCUACCAGACCCAUUGAACCUGAGACCCGGAACCCGACAGGUGAACAAGUUUGAUUCACUUUCUACAGCCGGGUUAUUCACCAAGGUGGCCACCAAGCCCACCAACCACUCCAAGUUCACGGGUAAGUGCGGCAAGCCCAGGUGCACCGAGUGUCACAUCCACCCGGCUUCUAAGGCCAAGGACAAGACCAAAGGGAACCACAAGCUCAAGUCAUCCGACGUCAUAUCCAAUCAUCGUUUGGUCAAAUUUUCCGGGUCUUCUGCCACGGGGAUUUUGGAUCAUCUGUCUACUAGUCAUUAUGAUAACAACGAUGAUGAUGAUGAAGAAGAUGAUGAAAUCAGUGGUUAUGCAAGUGAGUGGAGCCUAUGA